CACAAGGUCACUUCGUCAGGUAGAUUCGAAAUAGCCCGCGUGAUGGAUUUGACGAUUUUGUCUGCUCCAGAUGAAUGCCUGCCUUGUGAUCCUGAGUGUUUACUAAUAUUUUGCUACAUCAGGUUAAAAGGGGCACGUAUGAACAUAAAGAUCAAGCUACCUGAUCAGUUUACUGUUGAGAGCUUCCCAGUUCUCAGUCAUGAUAAUAAGGAUUAUCACAGAAUCCCAAUUGUCCUAACGUAUUUGAGGAAAGAAAAUUAUGGCUUAGAAUAUGACUUAUCUGACAUUGAGGGUGUUCAGUUGUGUGCUUUAAUUUCAACUAUAGAACGUCGUUUAGCUCCUGCUAUUAAUUGGUUCCUAUGGGGUGACGAUUUUGUUUAUACUAAUUUCACUAGAAAAAUGUAUUUUGGAUCAAUUGGACUUAUUAAACAGUUAUAUAUUCCUUAUAUCUGGCGUAACAAAAAGUUAAAUAAGGCAAAGUCUUCUCAGUUAGUUAUUUGUCUUAAGAAUAUGUCCGAUUCAGAAAUAGGCGAGUAUUUAUAUUCACUGGCCAAACUGUGCAUUACAUCACUUGCUUACAUUUUGGGUGAAAAUACAUAUUUUAUCGGCAAUCGACCAACUGCAGUCGACGCUUAUGUGUUUGCAUUUAUGUGGCCCUUAUUAAUGUAUGAAUCACAGCAUGGUGAUUCUAAUUGGUGGGAUAUCGACUACAACUCAUCAUCGUUAUCAUCCACUUGUUUACAAUCAGGUUCACAUCAUUUAAUCACACAUCUAUUACAAUGUCCCAAUCUAAUUAGAUUUUUUAAGAAUAUCUCGUCGAAAUACUUUCAGAAACAUACAAAAUGUUUUAGAAAAGGUAUGAUCUAUAUCCCUUUUUGAUAAAUUUAAAUCAUACACUAAGAUAGAUGAAAGUUCUCAGUGUUUAUGUGAUACAUUUUGUACAAUCCAUAUCAAAUAAUCUGAUGAAAAGUUACCUGGUCAAAUUAAAAGGUAAUUGGGAAUAAAGAUGAAGAUAAUCAUUAAAGUGCUCAAUAUGAAAAUCACGCUGGAUAAUGAACCAGUAUUAAUAGGAAAAAUCUUCAGUUAUCGACAAGUCAGUUGUAUCUCGUCCGAUUCGUGAUUGUAUUCUCUGGGGUACUGGAGUAGUUGGUUUAUUUCUAACUUAUGCUUAUUAUUCAAAUAAUAUGUGGAUUUUACAAAGGUUCCACAAAUCUCGAUCAACCUAAGUGCUAUCUACAGUCGCUACUGUUAAUUAUUGUUUUAUAGUCCUUGAAUUGUGUGUAUUAUCUCGCAUUUCUCUCUCCGAAUAUCCUUCCUAUUCUCGUAAAUCUUUUUGAACCCAUUGUCAAUUCACACAAUUUUCUACCCUCCCUUUUUGAAAAUCUCGAUUCUGUAUGGUUUUACAACUUUCGGAUUGCAUAUGUGAAUAUUACUAUUUCCAGUACCUUUUUUGUUCCUAUGUCAUCCUGGCUGUUCUCUUUGUAAUAGUGUUAAUACAAAGAAGUUCGUCUAUACAUUGUUAUCUGAAAUGAUGGUGAUGUGUUCUCUGAACUAUUUAGUUUAAUUACUGAGAAGAAUUAGGCUCUAAAGAUGUCCAGAUUAAAAAUUAAUGAAAGCUCUAAUUCAGAUAACACAUUAAAUUGUUGUCUUUGACUGAUUGUAAUGCAUUUCUUAAAAGCUUCCUGUCUAUCAUUAUCUUAUGCUUGUUUUUAUCACAAAACAUUCAUUGUUACUUCUUUUCUCAAUGCCAGGGAUAAUCAUUAGCAAUAGUAAAAAUGUAUCAGAGAUGAAAAGAAUGUAUGGUAGUUUUUCUAUUACUUUAGUGCACUUUUGUAAAUAUAGAUCUUUAUAAUUUUUAGAA